AUGGAACCGUCCCGAGAUCGAGAGCUGGUAUUGAAGGACAGGCACUCAUUUUCAGAAAUGUCCAACAGGCCAGCUAUCCCAAUGUGGGAUAGUGCAGACCCAGAGCGAGCUCCACCUCCACUCCCCUUAAACCCCGGUUCGGGUAGUCCCACAACCCGACCAAAUGUUUCCGCAUCUAUACAGGCUGUCGCCGCUGCAUUAUCAGAGAAAAGCAAUGAAAAUGUUCCAAGCUCUUACACGGUCAAUCCUAUGGUACUCAAGUCAUCGCCAGAAAAAUCUCUGGUCAAAGGACAAUUCCAUAAGCGCAUACAAUCACUUCAGCCGGCAAUAAACAGCCGAGAGCUCACACCUUACAUAGAACGACGCUCUCCCGAGAGAAAUUCCAGGUCAAGCCCAUUUGAUGCUGAUGGGGGACGAACGCGAGAGAAAAGCCCAUCUCGCGUAAAGACCCCUACUUCCGCUGGAAAAGAUCCUUCCAAUUUCCGUGCGUCGAGCCGCUAUCUGUCUAAGCCAAUCCUUGGGGAGAACACUCCUCCGUCUGCUACAAUGCUUGCUUUGCAGAACAUGCAGCUCCCAAUCGAGAUAGAUUCCCCUACCAAGGGCGCCAGCAACUACACUCCAUCACCACAGCCUCAAGAUUUUAGUUCACUGUCUAGCCAAAUUUCGAGUUUGACUUCUAUCGCGACAGCCUUGCAACAAGAGAUGUCACAAUUAAGCAGACGCAGUAAAGAUAAUGCCACCGACCUACUAAGUCUCAAGGCUGCAACAAAUGCACGAGAUGAAGAUAUACGGCGAAGUCUCAAAGACCUGGCAACAAACUUGACUGGCAAAUUGCUCGAAAAUGAAUCGUCACAAUCUACUGGCCUUUAUGGCCAUUCUGGUUCUGCGGGAUUCAUGCUCGAUAGCAAGGCCCAUGAUGCAACUUCUCCUUGUUCCAGGAAAAGUUAUACACUCCCUCGGAUGCAAAGUCCUAAUAGCUUCGCAGCCACGAUAGAAAGGGAAUUAACUGCCUCACCCUCCAUCUCCACGGAUGGCUCUGCAAGCAUCGCGCUGCUCGAAAAGGUUUUGCGUGAGAUGGCCACAAAAGAAGGUCAGGAGAAGCUGCUCAAGCUGAUGGAUGAAGUAAAAUCUAGACCUAGUGGGGCACAGAGUACCGACAAUGCCAUGUCCCGAAUGCUCGAAGAGAUCCUCAACCUAAUCAAGCAAAAUUCUACCAACCACGCCCUUGUACCUUCAAGACAUGGGCCUGGAGCAAAUGGCAGUGGCGACAAACCCCCGUCCCUAGAACUUGAUUAUGAAGCACCACGGUCGGGUCCUUUGUGCCGUAAUACUGAGGCGGAGACUCCUAACCGAAACAAAAACCGGAGCUUGGAUAGUGGUUCCACAACCCAAGCUACUGACACCGUCUCUAGGGAGAUUUUAACCAUCCUCAACAAGGUGAAAAGCAGUGUUGCCGACGGUGGUGGUUUAACGAACGAGGUCAAAGCGCUCGUGCGAGAACUUAGAGGCGAGGUUUUGGGAAUGGGACGAGAGAUCGCGCGGAAAUUAGAAGAAGCCGAUGCAGAACAUGCAUCAGACCAAGCAAUACCACCAGGCGCCAGGGCGGAGGAAGUCGCACAUAUUGUCAAUAGUGCUUUAAUGGACCUGAGGGUGCAUAUGGAACAGGUGAUAAAUGAAAACCAACAUCGGUUAUCAUCGACAAUUCCUCGCGCGAUCGACAGUCAGGAAGCAUAUAUGGCUGUUAAGAAAGCGCUCGAAGAUCAUCCUCUGCCGGAACCUGCCCCGCCUCAGAUAACCGGAUCAGUCUUAGAAAGGGAGGAGAUCCUUGAAGCCGUUCGGGAGGCCUGGGAGACGUACAAGCCCGAGAUUGAGCUUCAAAACUUUGGCCUUGAGAGGGAUGAGAUUUUGGAAUGUUUGACUGAAGGCUUGAAGGCGUACCAGCCUCCAAAAGAGCCAGCCGAACCAGGUAUCACCUAUAACGAAGUUGUCGAAGCUGUCCAACAGGGUUUAGAAACUUUCACACCACCACGUAUUGAGCAUGACGGAGCAAUAACAAGGGAAGAAAUAACAGCGACAAUAAGGGAUUGUUUAGAGAGUUUUGAGUGGCCAGUUCCUCCUGCUGUGCUUGAUAGAGAAGCUGCAAUCAACCGCGACGAUGUUUUAAACGCAGUCAAAGAGGGAUUAGCUUCUCACGACGGUAUUUCCAAAGAGAUUGAAUUCAAUCGAGAAGAUAUUGCAGAUGCCAUAAAGGCCGGGUUCGGUGAAGUUUCCGGGUCGUUGCAUAACAACAUUAGUGAUCAGUUCUUGGACCAGCUUCAUUCCUUAUUGGGUGAGAUAAAGGAUGAAUUCAGCCAGUAUUCUGCGGCAAGUGGAAGGGACACGGAACAGGUGCUGGAUGCCAUCAAGGACGGGCUCGAAUCUCUCAGAGGCGAAAUCGAAUCCUAUGUGGAUCGUGCUUCAGAUGUUACCGGGAAAGAUGAGAUUAUUCAUACUGUUAAGGAUGGAUUCCACUUGUUACAGUCAGACCUUGAAAAGUCCAUUGUUGAAGCUGCUCGAGCAUCUGAUGGUGGGCAUUCUAAUACAAUCGAACUACUCGACGCGAUGGAAAAAGAGUUUGAACAUCUCCGGCAAACAAUGAGCAACCUGCUGAUUAGAAACAGCGCUUCGAGUGACAAGGAUGAAAUUCUUGAUGCUAUCCGCGAUCUUGCAGAAAGUGAUACUUCAAAAAACAACAGUUCGGAAACUUCUCAGAUGGUUAAAGAGGAAUUCGAGCAUCUACGGGAAACCCUUACCCUCACAAUUAUGAGACCAAAUUCGACUCUUGAAAGAGACGAAUUAAUUUCCAUUCUCAGGGAGAGUUUUGAAGCAAUUCAAGACGAGCACAACAGAAGGAAAGAUGGAAAUGAGAGUGUUUUUUCUAACACUGGGGAACUCCUCGAUGCCUUCCAUGACGGAAUCGAUAUCCUCCGCUCUGAUAUGGAAAAGAUCAUGAAUAGGCCAGCGGAGACAACCACAAGCGCAAGUGAGGAGCUUUUCACUUUACUAAGGGACGGUUUAGCAAGCGUCAAGUUUGAAAUUGAACAACUCCGCCAUGAUCAGAAAGAGGCCGAAGGCACUCAAACCGCACGCGGCCAAGAGGUUAUGCUUGCGAACGAAUCCUUGAUUGGAAGCGACAUUGAAAGUCUGAAAGUUCUCGUUACUCAGCUCCAGAAUAAGGUCGAAGCAAUUGAACCCCGACCACGUGAUUCGGAAAACCUUGCCAAUCUUGUGGAAAAAAAUGACCUUGUGGAUGUCCUAAACUCUAUUAAAGAAGUACAAGAACUAGUGAUCGAAGUUGCUAGUCGUGAACCCCUCCCGGCCGCAGUGGACGAAAAUGCUGCCAAAAAGGAGGAUACUGAAGCCAUUGAAACCCUGCUCGUAAACAUGAAAGCCAAGGUUGACGAGCUAGUAGAGACAAGUAGCCCGAAUGGAAUAACGGCAGAUAGGGCUGAUGCGCUGGAGGCGCUCGCAAAGGAGACAAAGGAAAUUUUGGAUGGCUUUGCUGCUCAUGUGGAAACACACGGUGCAUCAAAAUCAGAACUAGAGAAUCUUGAAACCAUCGUCAAGGAUAUCUGGGUCGUUGUGGAAGAGUUGAAAACAAACACCGCGCAGCCCGAAGACGCCUCAGAGAAGGUGAUCAAGGAGGAUGUGCGAACCCUCGAGGCGAUGUUGCUUGAAAUCAAAUCGCAGCUUGAGGAUUUCGUUCUGCCCGACAUUGAAACUCUUCCGACAAAAGACGACAUAGGUGCCAUUUGCCAUAUGGUAACUGAGUUCAAGGAAAAGGUGGAGGUGGAAAACGACCUCACGGCUCAGGCGUUUGAGUCCCGAAAGAUCGAGCAUGGUGGAUUGGCAGAAAAAAUCGACGAAGCUAAGCAGCUUAUCACUGAUUUGAAGGAUGAACUCAAGAGCAAACUCACCGACAGCGAUGAAGGCCUUGUCGACAUCAAGACAAUUCUGGGAGCGUUGAGUGAUGCGUCAGAGUCAUUCGCUACCGCUGAAAGCCUCAAGGAGCUUAGUGACCUCAUCACUCGCGAAUUUGACCGAUCCCAUGGUGAUCGGGAGGCUGAGAAAAUUGAAACGGCUGAAAGAGAAAUUUCCUCGUCUGCAAAACACGAGGAAGCCCGAGCAGCAAUAGUGUUGGACCUUGGAACGAAAAUCGACGAGAAGUUUGCUGAGUUGUUGGCUAAGUACGAAGACGCGCAGAUGCUAGCAGAUUCAAAAUUCACUGCUAUCGAACAACGUGAUGUCCAAAGCCUGGACACCUUGACGAACACCAAAAACAUAGCAGAAGAUCUCAAGCUCGUUAUAGGUGGCAUGGGAGACAGCGUAACUCAGGCUUGUGAGAGGAUGAGCGAUGAUGCUAAGACCUUUUUCCAUCGUGUCGAUGAAUCCUUUUCGAAAGUGGAUGACCUCCGCUCUGACGUCCAAUCACAGCAUGAUCAUCUCAAGGGAGAAUUAACACGAGCACUUGAAGCAACAAAUCGACUAGAAAGCCAACUCGCUGACUCCCAUCCAAAAAUUCUCACUACUAUCCAAGAUAUCUUGUCCAUGGUCUCAAAGCAUUAUGACCACUCGCAACAGACUAGCGAGGAACUCCAAAGAAACGUCUCAGCCAUCCCAUCAGCCAUCCCUCCUUUAUUACCAGCUCUUCCCCCACCACCUCCUCCAGUGGAGCCUCGAGAGAUUGUUAUCCCGGAAAAGUACGACGACACACAAGUCCACGACAAGUUGAACACUCUUCUUGACCACGCUGCCUCUACUGGCAAAUCUAUAUCUCAAAUUGAAAAGCUGGACCAAAUCCAAGACCAGAUUUCGUCAACAGCAAAUGAGCUGCGUGAAAUUAUGGUGGCUCAAGCAGCUCUAUUGACCGAAAGUCAGGCAAAGAAGGAUGCAGAGGCUCAAGAUGUAGCCUUCGCGCUCGAGAAGAGACUGGCACAGAAAGAGAGAGUAGAGGCAGAGGUUGUCGAACUGAAUGACCAAAAGGGAUCUCUUUUCCGUAUGGUCACGGAGCUAAAGGAGGAAAAGGAAGCACUUAGCAAAGAAAAUCUGAAGCUUCAUAAAGAAUUGGCAGGGCUGGAGACUGCAUUGCGUAUCCGGAGAGAAGAAAUGCAGCUUAUGGAGGACCGUGCAGAAGGCCUGGAGCGAAGGAUUGUCGAAGGUGUUCUCGAGCAUGCGAGAAGCCUUUUGAUCAGUCGACCCGGUAGCACUCAGGCCAUGAAUCUAAAACGAGUUCCGAGUUCAGCGAGCACGGUGACGCGUGGAAGUGUUGCGAGUACCGCCAAAGAGAAUAGCGUGCUCAGUAGUGGCGUUGGCAUGGCUCUGAAGCGGCGACGAAACCCUUUGAAAACCACUGCGGGAUCUGCAGUGGCAUCACACACGAAGCAAGAGCGGAGAAUUCUCAGCCUUAGCAACGUCACCGGUAACAAAAGGUCGACAGAUCGACAGAUGCUCCCUUCGGCAAGGAGUGGAUUAACCAACUUGAAACGAAGCCAUUCAGUCAAGUCAAGUUAUCCGGUAGUUAAGCCUUUGUGGGAUAGUCGGAGCCCCACUUCCAAUAAAGAAAAUGAAUUGGUCAAGGAGGAGGAUGAGGAAGUUAGCGGAGAUGAAAGUGAUGCUGCAACAGAAAGGAGGACCAGCUAUACGGGAACUUGCACAGACAGCAUGUCCUAUGCAACGACGAUGUCGACGACAGAUAGACAAUCGAGCUACAGCAGCUCCACCAACGGCUUAGUGAGUGCGGAGCCGGGGACUUGGGUCGAAGAAUAUGAAAGUGGGAGCGAGGGCGAACAGAGCCCGGACGAAGACGGGGAUGGUCUACGGGAUUUAGACACCAAGAGCUUCACAAGCGCGGAGCUCCUGGAACCACAACCUCACGACGAUGAAAGUGGCGUGGAUCCCGGUGGAAUGGUAGUCUACAUGCCGCAAAGUGACAGCGGCCUAGGAACCGAAUUGCCCGGCUCAGCGAGCGAAAAGGGGUUCGCACAGGAAUCGGUCUAUAGCGAGUGCGAUUGA